UCCGCCAAAUCAGUGAUAGGUAAUGGUGGAUCUGUCUCCAGUUCCGCUCAGAGGUGCACCUCUUCCGUGGUUUGUGUUGGAUUUACGUUGCGUCCUGGAGGUUUCUUCGACAGGGCUUCAUUAGCUAAUUAUCCGCGAGGGCUUUUAGGGCUGGCUUUGGAGAGUUACUUGGAUUCCAGCCACCAGUCUGGGGUGCCCCCUGUGGUACCGUCCAGGGUGGCUGGAGGCCCAGGGCAGUCAUCCUCGAACUCUGGCAUCUUUUUUCAAGGAGACGGAAACCCUCAGGUCCCAUUGAAUUCACACUUGAAUUCAUCUUUUGGAAACCCAGCAAAUUCAAUUUCAGGAAGCCGUUCAAAUUUGGGUCCCAUUUCUGGGGACAUGAAUCGGACCGUCUUAAACAGCACAGCAAACUCCUGUCCAAGCGUUGGGGCAAGUUCAUUGGUCACAGACGCCAAUUCUGCACUUUCAGGUGGUCCUCAUUUGCAGAGAAGUGCAAGCAUAAACACAGAGUCUUUCAUGCGCCUUCCUGCAUCACCGAUGUCAUUCUCUUCUAUAGGAAUUUCAGGCUCUUCCGUGAUUGAUGGAUCCUCUAUUGUUCAGCAGAGCUCUCUUCAAGAGCAGGGUUCACAACAAGUACAACAGAGGCAGCCACAGCAACGGGCUUCCUCUGCUACAUCCCAACCCACCACUCAAACGGGCCCAGUUUCUGUUCCUACUGGCCCUCAGUUACCCAGCUCCUUAGCCCAAGAGCCAAAUAAUUUAUCCCAGAUUCAUAAGAAACCCAGACUUGAUAGUAGGCAAGAAGAUAUUUUGCAGCAACAGGUUUUUCAACAGUUACUACAAAGACCGGACACAAUGCAGUUACCGGGUCACAAUCCACAAUUACAAGCUAUGAUUCAGCAGCAGAGACUACGGCAACAGCAGCAGCAGCAGCAGCAACAACAAAUUUUACAGACUCUGCCACAGAUGCAGAGAGCCCAGUUGCAACAACAGCAGCAGCAACAGCUAAGACAGCAUCUUCAACAACAGGGCUUGCAGUCUGUAUCUGCCACGAAGCGCCCUUAUGAGAAUGGCAUAUGCGCUCGUAGACUAAUGCAGUACAUAUAUCAUCAUCGUCAUCGGCCACCUGACAAUACCAUAAUCUAUUGGAGGAAAUUUGUUACGGAAUAUUUUGCCCCUCGCUCUAAGAAAAGGUGGUGUUUGUCGUUAUAUGAUAAUGUUGGACAUCAUGCACUUGGAGUUUUCCCCCAGGCAGCUAUGGAUGCAUGGCACUGUGACAUCUGUGGUUCUAAAUCAGGAAGGGGCUUUGAGGCAACUUUCGAUGUUCUCCCCCGGCUUAAUAAAAUCAAGUUUGAUAGUGGUGUUAUCGAUGAUCUUUUGUUUGUGGACCUGCCACGCGAAUGUAGAUUUCCUUCAGGACUGAUGAUGCUGGAGUAUGGGAAAGCAGUUCAAGAGAGUGUUUAUGAGCAACUUCGUGUAGUUCGUGAGGGUCAACUUCGGUUAAUAUUCACUCCUGACCUGAAAAUAUUGUCCUGGGAAUUCUGUGCACGGCGUCAUGAGGAACUUCUGCCUCGCAGACUGGUAACACCACAGGUGAACCAGUUGCUACAGGUUGCACAGAAAUAUCAAAAUAGUGUUGCUGAAAGUGGAUCUGCCGGGCUGUCAGCUCAGGAUCUCCAGACAAACUGUAAUAUGUUUCUGACAGCUGGGCGCCAGCUAGCAAGGAAUUUGGAGUUACAGUCACUGAAUGACUUGGGAUUUUCCAAGAGAUAUGUUCGGUGCUUGCAGAUAGCUGAAGUUGUAAAUAGUAUGAAAGACUUGAUAGAUUUCAGCCGGGAUCAAAAUAUUGGACCAAUUGAGAGCUUGAAGACCUAUCCUCGACAGGCUGCUGCAGCCAAGUUGCAGAUGCAAAAGCUACAGGAAAUGGAGCAGGUAGCUAGUGCUCAAGGGCUGCCCACUGACCGUAACACACUCAAUAAGCUAAUGACAAUGCAUCCUAGUUUCUUGAGCAAUCACACAAACAGUAAUCACAUGGUUGGUAGUGGCGGAGUCUUGAAUGGUUCAGCACAGGCUGCUGUUGCGCUGAGCAAUUACCAGAACUUGCUUAGACAGAACUCCUUGAAUUCAAACUCUAAUAUGAUUAAACAGGAAGCUCCGUGUUCCUUCAAUGGUUCUAAUCAGGCAGAGUCUUCUCCAUUCCAAGGCCCUGGUUCUUUGCCACCGGUAUCCAUGCAGAAUGUUCCAGUUAACAGCUUGGGAAAUCCCCAUCAGCAGCAGCAGCAGCAGUCACUAAAUGCUAAUAGUAACCAAAUCAUCCAACAGAACCAUGCUCAGUCCUCCCAAGGCAACCAGAGCUUACCACAGGACAUGAUCCAGCAGCUGUUGCAGGAUAUGAUGAGUAAUAAUGGAGCUGCUGGGGUACAACAACAGCAGCCGCCUCAGCCACAGCCACAGCCACAGCCACCAUCACAGCAGCAUCAACAGCAACCACAGAAGGCCCAUAGUGGGCAGAAUGCAAAUGGGAGUGUGGGGGAGGAUGUCUUCAAUAACGUCAAUGGAGCUGCUGCAAGUGGUGGCUUGCAUAUGCGAGCUGUGGGGGGCACAGGUAUGGUCAAUAGUGGGUUAGGAGGGUUUGGGAACAAUUCUAUGGCUCCUGCUGCUGCCAAUGCAUCUACUGGUGGUGGUGUGGGGAUGGCUCCAAAACGGAAUAACAGUUUCAAGUCUGCCUCUAACAGCAACAGUACUGGUGGGGUUGGUGGAAAUGGAAACAAUAGCUUUAAUCAGAGAGCAACUGAUUUGUCACAAAAUGUACAUCUAUCAGAAAUGGUUCAGGAUCUCUCUCACGAGUUCUCGGAUAAUGGGAUUUUUAACAGUGACCCUGGGGACAUGGGCUACGGCUGGAAGGCUUGAAGCGUGAUUGACCAAAGUGAUAUUUAUUGGCUGUAGUGAUACUAUCCAUUGUGGAGGCGCAACUAUCCUAGCAAAGUAGCUUUGUACAGGAGCUUGAAAGUCGUGCUUUUUUUUAUUUUUAUUUUUAUUUUUAUUGUCAAACCAACAAAGAAUUGCUGGUUUUUAGCCGUCUGAGUUUGCUAGGGUUGGCAGUUUUGCGGGUUUGCCAUUUCUGGGAAGUGUAAGCUAUUCCUGUUAAAAAAAACUCUAAUGAAAUACUAUAUAGC